AUGACAUCUUUAACUAAUCUCAAUUCCGGAACAAUCACAGUCCUCAUAGGAUCCUUCAUCCAUUCGAUCUCACCAGAAGACCUAGAAAUCAUCAAAACCGGUUUAAUUGUUUUUCAUUCAAAUGGAAAGAUCAUUGGAAUCGAAAAAGAAAACUUAACAAAUCAAGAAUGCAAUCGAAAAAGUGAUCUGAUUCAACGUUUAUUGAAAAAGAAAUGGAUUCAAAAAGAAGAUGUUGAUCGGUUGAGAUUCAUUAGAUUGAGAAAUGGAGAGUUUCUUUUACCUGGUUUUAUUGAUACUCAUACUCAUGCUGUACAGUAUACGAAUAUAGGAGUUGGACAACAAUACGAAUUACUUGAUUGGCUUAAGAAUGUAACCUUUUUAGAAGAAACAAAGUAUUCAUCUGAUGGUUAUUCACAAAGGAUAUUUGAAAAAGUGGUGAAAAGAUUAUUGAAUUCAGGUACCACUACUUGUUGUUAUUUUAGUUCGAUACAUCUUUCGGCUUCUAAAGUUUUAAGUCAAGUUUGUUUUAAUGCUGGUCAACGUGCAUUUAUUGGAAAAUGUAAUAUGGAUCGGAAUGAAACAUUUGAAAGUUAUAAGGAAAAUUCGGUGGAGGAAUCUAUUAAAGAUACUAUUGAACUUAUUGACUAUAUUCGACAACACUGCGUUCCUGAGCUUGAAAAAGCUCAUAGGACCUCAAUACCUGAUCAUCCGCUCAAAGAUGGGUCGUUGGCCAAUUCAAAAUGUGUAGAGACAUCACUUUCCAAGAAGGAAGGUUAUUCAACAGCUCUAGUUCAACCGAUCCUAACGCCUCGAUUUGCAAUCUCAUGUACCGACGAACUCUUACGUCAACUAGGCCAACUACUCCAAUCAGAUCCAAGCUUACGAUUACAAACCCAUUUAAGUGAAUCGAAAUCAGAAAUCUCAUUUACCAAAUCAUUAUUCCCCAACAUAGGAACAUAUACCGAAAUAUAUGAUGAAUUCAAGUUACUUACAUCACGUACGAUUUUAGCUCAUUGUAUACAUUUAGAACAGAGUGAAAUUGAUUUGAUUAAGAAACGAGAAUGUGGAUUAAGUCAUUGUCCAAGUUCGAAUUUUAAUUUAAAAUCUGGGAUUUGUAAAGUCAAAAGAUUAUUGCAAGAUGGAAUUGAAAAGAUUGGAUUAGGUACAGAUGUUUCGGGUGGUCAUGGGAUUGGAAUCUUGAGUUGUAUAAGAGAUGGAAUGAUUGCUACUAAAGCUUUAGGUUUUAAUGAUCAUGAUACUCCUUUGAAAGAAACGCACGAGAUUCAAAACAGUUUACUUUCGAUUAAGAAUUUGUUUUAUUUAGCUACUUUAGGUGGUGCAAAGGUUUGUAAUCUUGAAGAACGAAUCGGUAACUUUAUAGUGGGUAAAGAGUUUGAUGGGAUUAUUGUUCAAACUGGAGUUUCUUUUGAUCCGAUUGAAAAGCUUGAAGAUGAUGAAUUGAUUCGAUUUGGAUUUGAAGAAUAUCAGGAUGGAUGUAAUCCGAAUUUUUUUAUUGAUGAAUUUCAAAAAGAAAUUCAAUUGAAUGAUUUAUUUGAAAAAUUCUUGUUUACGGGUGAUGAUCGGAAUAUUGCUAGUGUAUUUGUUAAAGGGAAAGUAGUGGGUGGUGCAAGAAAAAGUUUGUUUUAA